AUGAUCGCGCCAGUAAACCUACCUGGCCCCACUAAGCCAGCGCUUGCUCGUGAGCUCCCCUGGUGCUCCGGCGAUAUUAUGAUGAAGUCGCGAAAUGGAUCCUGUGCUUGGAAUGGGGUUGGGAAGGCCCACGAGGGCUCCGUGGGAAGGUCAACUGAGUGCUUGAAGGGCGCGCUGCGCCGAGCCGGCUUUAUGAAGAUGAGCUGCGAAUCGAAAUCAAUGUCACUAUUCGACUCGGCCUAUGCCGCGUCAUUGAAAGCCUCCGCGUUGGUCACCGACAUGUUACUCACACUUGAACCUGCGCCCUCGCCGUAUGGCACUCCCCCUCCUCCCUAUGAUAAUGUAAUAGCCGACAUGCCUCCUGAGUACAUGGGCCGUGACGAGUUUGACCAUUGCCGUGUUGGGAUGCCAGCAUCUGCUCCUAGGAGCGCGGUACGAACUGAAAAAGUAAAGACGGAUGGGGCGUUGCUUGGCGAUUCCGUAACGCCACUACCGAUUGACCUCAACGACACGUCGAAAUUCCGAUCGCACCCGAAAAAGAAAAAGGGGGCGAAAAAAGGCGCUCAGGAUCAGUGGACUGAACCUGGUAAUGGAGGUGACAAGGGCAAUGUAGCAGGCGGUGGUGAGGAUGGUGGAAAUGCCGAUGGUAGCGCCGGAAAUGGCGAUGCUGGCGGCGCUGGCGGCGCUGGCGCGGGAGGAGGUGGUGGCGGCGAUGAUGGUGCUGGUGGUGGGGGUGGGGAUGACGAAGGCUGGGAUGAUGGCGGCAAUAAGAAAAAGAACAAGAAGAAGAAGAAGAAGAAGGAAGAGGAGGAGGAGGAGGAAAAGCAACGUAAGGGAGAGGAGGAAAAGCAACACGAUGACUGGAGUGGAUUCACGACGACAACAAAGAAGAAGAAGGGGAAGAAGAACAAGGCAAGUACAACCUUUGCUGAAGAACCCCCCCAAAGCUCCUUUCAGGAUGUCAAUUUAAAUGACGGCGUCCCGCAGCUGGAUUUAUCUUUCGACACUGGCGAUACGAACAAAACCACCGGAUUCAGCUUUGGCGGCUGGGGAAAUAGUUGGAACACUGGCGCUAAAGGUGACCUGGGUCUUGCUGAUAACAAGGCAAAGGACGAGAAGAAAGAUGAUGGCGUUGAUACACUGGAUGCAUGGGCUCCCGUUGGAAAAAAAGGAAAGAAAAAGAACACAACCACCAACAGCUUCGAAUUGGGCGACCUGGGCGAUUCAAAUGAGCUAGACAAUGGUACACGUGAUGCAAACGCUGAUGAGAAAAAAGAAGAGGAGAAUACUUGGUCAUCAUUCGCUGUUGUCGGCAAAAAGGAAAAGAAACCGAAAAAGGGCGCUGGUGCUAUAAUCGAAGAAGCGCCGUCCAACCCUGAGCCUGUUUCAGGGCCUGUUCCUGUAGAUGAAUGGAGUGGCUGGUCGACGUCAACGAAGGAUGACAAGAAGAAGAAGAAAAUGAAGGGCACAAAUCCCUUCGAUGCUAUUGAAGAAACACCAAAACAGUCUGAACCUGUUGCCGAGCCCGCCGGUGAGGAUGAUACCUGGGGUACAUGGGGAAACAAAGCCAAAAAAUCAAAUGUGAAAACUGUUGGGGAGCCUCCCACGGAGCCCGACCAACCACCGGAACCUGUCGAUGAAAGCGCGUGGGCUUCUAUCCCAAGUAAGAAAGAGAAGAAGAAGAAGACUAAGAAUAUCACCGAAGAACUAUCGAAGGAGGAAGCACUUGCCCCUGCUCCUGAUCCCAUAGUGCUAGAGAACGAUGCGGAUUGGGCGACACCGGCAGGGAAGAAGGGAAGGAAGAAAAAGGGUAAACUGGUCGCCGAAGAGCCCCUGGCUCCCCCACCUGCAACGGCUGAUCCUGAUCCCGUUGACGAUCGGAGCUCGUUUACCGUAACUGGAAAGAAAAAGAAUGGUAAGAAAGGCGCUGUAGCAGAAGUGAUAGAAGAAGACAAACCAGUAGAGGAGCCACCCCCGCCCCCGCCCGAACCCGAGCCUCAGGCGGACACUGCUGACGAUUGGGGGGCGUUUGCGUCUUCGACGAAGAAGAAGAAGAACCCCCCAAAAGGGGCUGUGGUAGAAGAGGCAGUGCCAGAGCCGCCUAGGCCUUCGGCAGAGCCCGUACCCGGACCAGUCAAUAUUUGGGAAACUACCGCUACCAAGAAGAAGAAAGGCAAGAAAGGGGCUGCAGUCGAGGAACCAAUCGCAGACCAAGCUCCUGAACCCGAGCCCCAGCCCGAAACCAAGCCGGAAGCCGAACCUGUCGAGGACUGGGGAUUUACCGCUAUCACUACUAAAAAGGGUAAGAAGGGAAAGAAGGGUGCUGUUGUAGAAGAGACUCCGACCAAGGUAGAUGAACCAGCCGCUGCCCCCGAAGUGAACACCUGGGACGCGGGGACAUCAAAAAAAGAGAAAAAGAUAUCCAAGGGUUCCAAGAUCGAAGAGGCUCCUGCCCCUGAACCUCUUCCUGCGGGAGAAGAUCUUGAUUGGUUUAAUGACGACUUUGGUGAUGGUGGCAAGGUUACGAAAGUUGACUCCAAAAACUCAAAGACCAGCGGAGGUUCAGGCGGUGGUGGGGAUGGCUGGGGCUUCGGCAGCUGGGGUUUCGGAAGUAAGAAGGACAAGAAAGGGAAACAGAGCUCUAUCCUUGAAGAAUCACCGAGAGAAAAGGAAACCGAAAACAUCACCGCUGUCGUAGAAGAUGACCCCCUUAGCUGGGCCACUACUGCUACUGCCACUGGUAAGCAAGGCAAGAAGAAGGGCGCUGCUCAGGCGAAAACCACGGAAGAACGACCUCCUCUUCCUGCUGUCCCAGAUGCACCUGAACCUCCAGUCGAUGAUUCCUGGGGAUGGGGAACAUCAAAAAAUCCUAAGGAUAAAAAGGGCAAGAAGAACAAAGCCGUAGAGCUUGAGCCUGAACCGGUCCCAGAACCCGAACCACCAAAAGUUGACCCUGAACCGCUCAUUGAGGUUGACGAAGUGCUAACUCCGAAAGAGAGGCGAAAGAAGGAGAGGGAGGCUAGGAAGCAAGCGGCUGCCGUAGCCGAAUCUAAUGACAACAACGCUGCAAAUGCUGUUUCUACGGAUCUGGUCAAGUCUCCAGCACUUGAUGACAACUCAUGGUGGGGAGCUGCUGCAGAUAAAACGAAGGGUAAGAAAGGAAAAGACGCCAACGAACCACCACCUCCAGCUCCAACACCACCAGCUCAAGAUCUUGACUCCCGGACAACCACAGUUGACGUCGAGGAGAUUGAUACGUGGGGUGCAUUUACUGGUUCUGGAGCCAAGACCUCGAAAACCAAGAAAACAUCUCUCUCUCGCACGACCUCAACCACGUUGAAAUCAUCUAGAGUUGAGGACAGUAAAUCAACUAGGGCCAAAUCUAGGGGGUUUGAAGUUGUAGAUGUCACAGAUGAGUUCAAGGAAAAGGAGGAACCUGUUGAGGAGGUCAGUGCGGCCAAGGGAGUAAAAAGCUUUUGGGGAGGCACUUUUGGUGUUGCUACGACGGCUACUUUCACCAAAUCUAAAACCUCCAAAACAAAGGAGGAAACAAGUCGAGAGGCUGUAGAGACGGCCCCAGAUAAACUUGUCAAGGAGGAAAGUAAAGAUAGCGUGAAGAAAAAGAAAACGAGCGCUGUUGACGCUGAUAUGGCCGAGCUACAAGCGGCUAGCGCUACAGCAGCUGACAAAGCAACCGCGCCAAGCGCGCCAACAACAAGGACCACGACGACAUCGACGACUGGCAUCAAAAGUACUGGCAAAACAUCGGUCGCGGAGCGGAUUAAAUUACUUGAGGAGAGUAAAAAGCGCGAAAAAGAAGCGGCCAAGGAAAAGGAAAAGCUUAAGGCGAAAGAAAAGGCUUCUGCGCACACUGUUGUUCCUCAGCAGCUGGCUUCCCCACCUGACGUCAAGUUGACCGUAGAGCCAGUCGCAAAUGAUCCACCCCCAUCCAAAAAGUCAUCAAAACCAAAAGCAUCAACGGUGCCAACUAAGUCCACGUCAAAGAAAAAUAGCGCUACUGCGGCCGCUAGUGCCACGCUUCUCGACGAAUCGAGCACUCCACGCGAUUCGGUUCCUGGUAGUUUCCCGGGCGCAUAUGAGGACGAACUGGUCGACAUGGUUGAUUUGGCUCCUCUUCCUAAAUCAAAACCUACGCAAUCGCAGCCGGCAAAGGCUCCUAAGAAGAGCAAGAAGGCCUCUCCUGUCAAACAGGUUGCAGUGGAUGAAAUGGCAACUCCUCCUCCGGUCACUGCUCCUGCUGAUGAAAAUAAAGCUGCCGAAGCUUCCCCCGAUAUUGCGACGGCCAAACCUGCUAAAAAGGAGCGUCCCCGGGUUGAACGUACAGCUGGAGCUUCUUCAUGGGGAUUCUGGGGCGCUGCUCCCAAGAAACCCGUAAAGAAAGAAUCCAAGCCAAAAGACGAUGCUGAACCUUCAUCUUCUGUGAAAAAACCAAAGGAAAAGCCACCUCCUACUUUGACCAGGUCUAAAUCCAUGGCUUCCGAAAAGAAAACGCCUGCGGCUACGGAAAAGGAUGUCGAAAAGUCAUCUGGUUCUGACGAGAAACGCCCUAGCACUGGCGCUCGAGUCUCACGACACAGCAGAGGCAUGAGUUUUUCCAACUUCAUGAUGGGAGGUGCGCCACCCGUCAGAACCAAGUCAAUGAAACAAAAUGGCACCUCAGCUUCGAGGCAUAGCUCUAGACGUCCGUCAGUUGACAUUGAUGACUCAGGUAUUCUUUCUCCGAGUGGCGGCCAUGUCGAAAUGCCGGGGAAAGCAGCGAAGCUCAUGGGCGUGAACGGCACCAAGACUCCGAGAAAGGAUGUCAAUGGUAAGAAACGCGCCUCCAGAGUCCCUGACCCAUAUGCAAUUGACGAUGACGACGACUUGGUUAUGGUCAACGGAGGGGAUGGGCCUGAAGCAAUCUCGCCAGGAAACUCCCCAAUAGAUUCGAAACCUCAUCGACGUAAAUCUAAACGUGAGCCGAAACCUGGAAAUGCGGAUGAUGAUAUUGUCAUGGUUGAACCAGGCUCCUCUGGACGUCCGGAUGUAGUGUCCGGCCCUGAGGAUUUAGCUUUUGUGAUCGACCCUCCAAAAGAACGUGCAAACUUGAAACGAUCAAACACCACCACUGCAACUCCGAAAAAAUCAGAAGGUUUGCUAGGACUGUUUGGCUCGUUCCGCAAACCUACGACAGCACCAGAGCACUCUCGAUCACGGUCUUAUCGUGAAGAAGAUUUGAGAAAGUCAGUAGAAUCUGACAAAGAAUAUGCCCGUCGCGUUCGACGAGACAGACGCCGAUCCACUAAAGUGGAGACGGAUGGCGAAGGUUUUACUACGGAUGCGGCACCCACAACGGAGGCUGAGGAUGCCGAAGCCAGAAGAGCUGAAAGGAAGGCUCGACGUUUGUCGAAGUACGCUGAACAGGAGGCCCGAGCGGCUGAGGACAGAGAAGCAGAGGAACGGCGCGCGAGGAGGCGAGAUGUUGAAAAAGCUAAGAUUCGUGAAGCGCGGGAAAGACAAGCUAGAGAAGACGAGGAGAGGGAACGAGCACAACGACAUCGUGAGGAGAAGAAAGCUCGCCGCGCUGCAAGGUUAUUGGAGGAGCAGCAACGUGAGGAAGAAAUUCGACGAAUGGAAGGCAAGCGUCGCGCGAGGGAGGUAGACGAACUUGAGGAGGAUGGGAGAAGAGUAAGGUCGGAUCGUCAUCGAUCGUAUGCUGAGAAACCCCGAGAUAAAUACUCCCAUGAUGAAUACGCGACGGAUCAUCGUCGGCAUCGUUCCCAUCGUUCUGGUGACGAAGCUGCCAAAUCCCGUCGGCGAAAGUCUGCCGUUAUACCAGGAGAAGAGCAUCACACUCCUCGUCAUGGCCACUCACGCCAUGCUUCUAAUGUGCCGUAUCCCGGUAUCGUGGGUGCUGGGAAGGAUAAAACGUCGUCAUGGUUGAAUUCUCAAUUGACUGACCCCCCCGAAGCACCUCCUAUUGUUCCCACGGUUAUCGACGUCCCCGUUCCUCCAGGAGAUCCUCACGCCCAUUCCCUAUCAUCUGAAGAGGAAGCAAGGCGCAUUGCCCGUCGUAAGGCGCGACGACACUCCAGGUUUAAUGGCGUCGAUGAUGCCGAAGCUUCAGAACGGCGAGCCAGGCGUCACGAGUUACGAUAUUCCGUCCGUGAGCCCCUCAGGAGCAGCGAGGGUAGUGGUGAAGGUGAUCGAUAUGGCGAUCGUUAUGCUUCUGACUAUCAUCGCCAUUCAUCGUAUACCAAUGGCACUCCGAAGCGAUCCAGUUGGUUCAAAAAAAUUACAAAUUUGUAG